AUGCGGGCAGCAGCGCAGGCCAGCGAGUCUCCGCAGCCAGACGUUGCUUCGAACGAGCACGACUCGCUGAAGUACCACCUGCUGGGGCCGUCGCUCACCAAGGCGGGGCAGGACACGGUCGACCAGCAGAAAGUCUCGGAGAUCAUAUACAACGCCUCCAAGGGCUCCAAGUUCUUCAACAACGAAGAAGUGAAGGACAAGAAUCUGACCGAAAAGAUUGUAAAGAUCUUGGCCAAGAAGGCCGAGCUAGACAAGCUUGACAUCUCGUCAGAUUUGCGUCGCGCGGAUGACUACAUCGCCGAGCUAGAGCUGAGUCGAGAUCUGAGCCAGACCAUCGUACACCUCGACUGCGAUGCCUUCUACGCUGCAGUGGAGGAGCUGGACAGACCUGAGCUGAAGCACGUACCCAUGGCCGUAGGCAAGGGCGUGCUCACCACCUGCAACUACCACGCGAGGAAGUUUGGGUGUCGCUCAGGCAUGGCUGGUUUUGUUGCCAUGAAGUUGUGCCCGCAGCUCAUUUGUGUGCCUAUGAACUUCCCAAAGUACAUGGCAAAAGCAGAGGAGGUCCGCGCAGUAUUGGCCCUGUACGAUGCAAACUUCGAGAGUGCAAGUUGCGACGAAGCUUACCUAAACCUUACACAAUACUGCAUUGAUCACGAUAUGAGCCCAGAAGAAGCCGUCAGUCAGUUACGGGCAGAAGUCUUUGAGAAGGCAAAGAUCACUGUGUCUGCAGGAAUCGCUGCCAACGCGAAGCUCGCCAAGAUUGGUUCGAACAAGAACAAACCUAACGGCCAGUUCUUUCUGCCCAGUGAUCGACAGACCAUCAUGGAGUUUAUGAAGACGAUGCCGACACGGAAGGUCAACGGCAUUGGGCGCGUCUUCGAGCGCGAACUGGAUGCAAUUGGCGUGAAGACAUGUGGGGAUAUCUAUGCCCAUCGCGGCUACUUAGUUCAGCUGUUCGGUCAGAAAGCAUUCCAAUUUUUGAUGCAAUGCUACCUCGGCCUCGGACGCACUAAGAUCGAGCAGCCCGAAGAAUCACAUCGUAAAAGUGUCGGCACCGAGACAACAUUCAGGGAGCUGGGGUCGCCAGACGCCUUACGUGAGAAGCUGCGGUGGGUCGCUGACGAACUGGAGGGAGAUCUAAAGCGCACCGAAUACAAGGGCAGAACCCUAUGCAUAAAGAUCAAGCUUGCCACGUAUGAAGUCCACACCCGCCAGACAACACCGCCGUUUGCAGUGCAGCGGGCGGACGACCUCUACAGGUACGGCCUGCCGAUGCUGGAAAAGCUCAUGAAGGAAAUCCCAAACAUGAAGCUGCGGCUCAUGGGCUUGAGAGUCACGCACAUCAUCAGUACCAAGAAGCCUGGAAUCAACUUCUUCGGACGCAGCAGGUUAAAUGGAAGUGCGCCAACAAAAAAGCGAGUCAACCGAACCGGUGGCGAAUGGGAGGUAUGGCCAGAACAGGACUUCGAAGAGGCCGCAGCCCGAGAGCGCAACGACGAGAUGAACGAGCUCGAGCAACUAUCGCAAGAGUACGAACGAACACACAUCAAAGACGACACCGGCCCAACGACGACUGUGCCACCACCCCCCGUCGCAGACGAGCAAUGGACAUGCCCCAUCUGCACACUCCCUCAACCACCCGACGACAGCACCUUCAACGCGCACAUUGAUUUCUGCCUCUCACGCGACACGAUCAAAGAAGCUGUCAAAUCCACAGCGUCGACACCGCCACCACUGGCUCUGGAGAAGCAGACGAGUGUCGCGAAGCCGCCGCAGAAGAAGGGCAAGAGGGGACGACCGAAGAACGAGCAGCCCUCGGAAGAGCAGGCGCGCGAAAAGAGACGGGCGUUUUUCUUUGCUGGGACGGGCUGA